GAGACCGAGUACACGCCGGCCUGUGUGCUAAAUUGGGAAGCCGGCAAGUGACAUUAAAUAAACACCUGUUCGGAUGAAUCAUUGCAGGCGACGGAGAAGAAAAGAGAGAGACGUCGCUUGCUCAUUGAUUCUGCCGUGAUCCAAAAUCGAAAUGACAACCGCGCAAGACGACCGACAGGGCUGCCUCGCUAUCAAAGAGCUGGAAAAUAUUUUGGAUACUUGCAAAUUAGACCUGACUCCAAUCGACGAGGUGUGGCCCAACCUUUAUAUUGGAAAUGUAGCAAUAGCCCAGAACAGGACUGCAUUGCAGAAAAUAGGAAUCACUCACAUAUUAAAUGCUGCACAUUCCAAGCAAGGCAGCAUUGGGGACCAAAAUUUCUAUGGCAAUACUAUUGUUUACUACGGUAUUCCAGCAGAGGACUCAUCGCAGUUUGACCUGAGCGUUUACUUCAGGCCUGCGGCCGAUUUCAUCCAUAAAGCACUGAAGAAGAAAGACAGUAAGGUGUUAGUGCACUGCAUCAUGGGAAUGAGUCGGUCCUCCACCCUGGCGCUGGCAUACCUCAUGCUGCAUCAUCGCCUCACCCUCCGCAGUGCCAUUCAGAAGGUCACCCAGAGAAGAGCCAUUUACCCCAACAGGAAUUUUCUUGCAUUGCUCUUGGACUUGGAUGGCCGUUUGAGAAGGAAGCGAAGGCUGUGUCCUCUUCUGUAGCACCAAAGUUUGCACCCAAUACUGUUGAGCACAAAAGGCAGCCAAGUUACAUGCAUAUUCAUAUGCGCAAACUCACAAAGACCUGUAAACAUUGCUUAUAUAUCCUAAAAUAUAGGGUAGAAUUUUUUCAAGUUGAGUUACAAGGGGGUAAAUUCACCAAGGGGUAAUGGUGUGCUCACUGGUCCUGUUUUUUGCACAAAGUGAGUAAUUUAAAGAAGAAAGUUUUUCUGUCUGUGUUUGUAUUAUCAUGAAAGCCAAGAAUGCCUAAUUGGACUUCUAACCAUGUGGAGUA